AUGAAGCUCAGUGGCAUAAUCGUAAAUAUUUUGAAGUGGGAUUUUUGGUUAAAAGACGGAAUUGCCCCCGUCUCUCUCACACACUCUCUCUCUCCCGCGCGUCCCUCUCUCUCCUCUGGUUUUCGCGACAGCCACUGUGGCCGGCCACGUUUUGGCCGGCCGUGCUCUCGUCCGGCCACCAAAGUCGACGGGGCCGGUACCAAAAUGACCGGGCCGCCGUCCUCUUCCUACCCCAGCCAGGUGUCGCCGUCAGCCGUCGAGAUUUCGCCGGAAAAUCGAAGAGAAAAGCUCGGUUUCGCCCGAAACUUCGCCGGCUUCGUUCUCCUUCGUCCGGCCGCCAUUUUUGGCGAUCAAGUUAGGGUUCGGCCGGAUUUCGGGAUGAGAUUCCGGCCACUUCCGGAUAGGAAGCUUGGCCGGCGGUUUGGAGUUUUCCGGCCGCCGGAAAUUACUCAAGGCACCCACGCGCUGCCGGCGCGUGUGGCGGCGCGUGGGCUAGGAAAAUGGACUGGUUCGAGGUUCUAA